AUGCUGCUGCUGCUGCUGCUGCUUCUGCUGCUGCUGUUGCUGCUGCGGCAGCAGCAGCUGAAACAGCAGCAGCAGCAGCAGCAACGCGAUGGUAAUCGCAUAGGAGUAGCUUUUGUGGUGACAGCAGCAGCAGCAGCAGCAGCUGCUGCUGCUGCUGCUGCUUUUGCUGCUCCUGCUGCUGCUGCUGUUUCCCCUGCUGCUGCUGCCUCUGUAGCAGCUGCAGCACAGCUGCAGCAACAGCAGCUGUUGCACCAGCAACACCAGCAGCAACAGCACCAGCGGCAACAGCUGCAGCAGCAGCAGCAGCAACAGCUGCAGCAGCUGCAGCAGCUGCAGCAGCUGCAGCAGCAGCAGCAGCAGCAGCAGCAGCAGCUGCUGCUGCUGCUGCUGCCGGAUGAGAUUUUGACAUUUUGUUUUGCAGCAAAGAACAAAAACACAAAAGGAGACAGUCUGUUGCUGUCUCUCUCUCCUAGACUAACUAACAACACAGCAGCAGCUGCUGCUGCUGCUGUUGCAGCAGCAACAACUGCUGCUGUUGCAGCAGCAGCAGCAGCAGCUGCUGCUGCUGCUGCUGCUGAUGACUAG